AUGGCCAUGGCUUUGGCAAUAUUCAAUGAAUAUGCUGGGGUGCUUUCCAACGUCAAUGCAUGUCGCGAAUUCUUCAGCUGGACUGCAUCAGUUAUAACGGCCACUCGUUCCUCACGGAACACCUCAGAGUUGUCAGAUGAAGACAAGACAGCUGCCCAUCAACAGACCGAAGAGGAAAUUGAGCGGCUGAAGGAUGAUCUUUGGAAGCUGGAGACAACAAUGCCCAAGAUGCUUGACCUCAUUGAUCGGGUCGAAUACCAAAGCCACAAGAAACAAGCGGCUGAUCUCCUCCCGCAUAUCAAGGAUGCAGUCUUCGAAGCGGAGGACCUGCUUGACGAGCUUGAUUAUGAUGCACUCAAGUGGAAAGUUGAGUGCAGCAAGAAUUUGGGGCUAGACCAAUUGCGUGAUACAUGUCUGGAAUUCUACGACAGUGUCAGAUCUAAUGAUUACAUCAGAAAAGUCAACAGAAUUCAAAAAAAUCUAGAUCAUGUCCAUAAGCAGUCCAUGGAAAUGGGCUUGCACCAAGCACCACUAAAGUUUGAUAAAUCUGUUAGGCCAGAAACAACUUCCUACUUUAACUGUGAGGAAAAAAUGAUUGGCCGUGAAAAAGAAAUGAAGGAGUUG